AUGAUACAAAUUACUAGAAUUGACCAUGUUGUUUUCACAGUGAAGAGUAUAGCAAGGACUUGCGAGUUCUACUCCAAAGUUUUAGGCUUUCAAGCUGUGACGUUUGGUGCCCAAGGCCGGAAGGCUCUUACUUUUGGCCAACAAAAAAUCAAUCUACAUGAAGCUGGCAAAGAGUUCGAGCCGAAGGCCGAGUUCCCCAUUCCAGGCUCAGUCGACCUUUGCCUUAUCACUGAGACGCCCAUAGAUAAGACAAUUGCUCAUUUAGCCUAUUGCAAUGUGAGCAUUGUGGAGGGUCCUAUCAAAACGACAGGAGCACUUGGCCCAAUACUAUCCGUCUACUUUCGUGAUCCAGAUAUGAACUUAAUUGAGGUAUCAAACUAUCUGAAAUAG